GUUAUACUCAACAACAUGCAUGGAUUAUUUUACUUUUUGUUUUCAGAAAACUACAAACCAUGCAUGUUACCAACCCCAGUCAUACAGUGCAUGAGUGUACAGAAUAUUUUGUAAUUAUUAUUUUUUUUAAUAAAUGAAUUGUUAUAUUAUGAAUGUUAUAAGUUUUAAAAGUUUCUAGCUAACUCGGAAUGAUCGUAAGUAAGUACUUCAGAAUUCAGUCAACCAACACUAAAUUGUGGAUAACCUCAACAAAAUCUUCUUUUUGGAUAAGAUAACCUCAACACAAUCUAUAUAUGAGACUGCAUUGGACUUUUUUUUUUUUGAGAAAACUGCAUUGGACUUUCAUAAUCUAUAGUAGUAGUACGUAACAUUUUGAACUGCAUUGAAACUUUCAUAGUAUACAAAAUAAACUAAUGCAAAUUGUCUAAUUUGUCCAAAAUUAUCGAUCAUCUUUUGUGUUUUAGCUAAGCCAGCCAGCUAUUGUUCAUGUUCAAUAUAUACAGAUAUUAUUCUUUUUUGGUCAAAGGCACAAUAUAUACAGAUAUAUAUGUCUAUAUAUAGGGUUAAUUAUAUAUAUCAAACUCAGAACAAAACAAAGUUUAAGGUCUAAAAUUACGGUGGCUUCUAAGCUCUCCUCUCAUCCGUUGAGUUAUAUAUCCCUACAAAGAAAAACUACGUUUCUUUCACAUGUUCUACAAAUAAAUUGAUACGUAUUGUUCGUUGACUUGAAAGGGUAACUAAGAAGAAAAUGGCAAGAAGAGAAGACGAUAUGGAGAAAGUGAAAGACAAAUCUGAGCCGUUGCUGCUUCCGGAGAAUGGAUCCGACGUCUCAGAAGAAGAAGGAGCGUCGUGGAUGGUUUGUCUAAGCACAUUCAUUGCCGUUUGUGGUUCCUACGAGUUUGGAACCUGCGUGGGGUAUUCCGCUCCGACCCAGUUCGGGAUAAUGGAAGAACUUAAUUUAUCAUAUUCCCAGUUUUCAGUUUUCGGAUCUAUAUUGAAUGUGGGAGCAGUUCUUGGCGCUAUAACAUCGGGAAAGAUCUCUGAUUUCAUCGGUCGGAAAGGGGCCAUGAGGUUGUCUUCGGUGAUCUCUGCCAUCGGCUGGAUGAUUAUAUAUUUCUCCAAGGGUGACAUACCUUUGGACUUCGGUAGAUUUCUCACGGGUUAUGGUUGCGGUACCCUUUCGUAUGUGGUUCCGGUUUUCAUCGCCGAAAUUAGUCCGAGAAAACUACGAGGAGCAUUGGCUACGCUUAACCAGCUCUUUUUAGUAAUCGGAUUGGCUUCCAUGUUCCUCAUAGGUGCCGUCAUAAACUGGAGAGCUCUUGCACUAACUGGAGUUGUACCGUGUGUGAUUCUAUUUUUUGGGACUUGGUUCAUUCCCGAAUCACCUAGAUGGCUGGAAAUGGUUGGCCGCCACCGCGAUUUCGAAAUUGCGUUGCAAAAACUGAGGGGUCCUAACGCCAAUAUCGCAAGAGAAGCCGAUGAAAUCAAAGAGUACUUAGCGACUAUAGCGCACCUUCCGAAAACCACACUACUAGACCUUAUUGACAAAAAGAACAUACGUUUUGUCAUUGUUGGAGUUGGUUUAAUGUUUUUCCAACAAUUCGUUGGAAUAAAUGGGGUUAUCUUCUAUGCACAGCAAAUUUUUGUAUCAGCAGGAGCAUCUCCAACUCUUGGAAGCAUUCUAUACUCGAUCGAACAAGUCAUUCUUACAGCUCUAGGCGCAACGUUACUAAUUGAUCGGCUUGGACGAAGACCACUUCUUCUUGCUUCAGCUGUGGGGAUGCUGAUUGGAUGUUUGCUCAUCGGAAAUUCAUUUCUUCUAAAGGCCCAUGGUUUAGCACUUGAUAUCAUUCCGGCCCUAGCAGUUAGCGGUGUCUUGGUCUAUAUCGGUUCAUUUUCGAUUGGAAUGGGUGCAAUCCCAUGGGUUAUAAUGUCUGAGAUAUUCCCAAUAAAUUUGAAAGGAACUGCUGGAGGACUUGUCACUGUUGUGAAUUGGCUUAGUUCGUGGUUUGUUUCCUUAACGUUCAACUUUCUCAUGAUCUGGAGCCCUCAUGGUGCAUUUUAUGUCUAUGGUGGGGUUUGUGUAUUGGCCAUUAUCUUCAUAGCAAAACUUGUUCCUGAAACCAAAGGCAAGACCUUGGAAGAGAUUCAAGCAAUGAUGAUGUAAAUUAUUAAAUUUCAAUAUGUAUUAAGUUAUACCAAUAUCUGCAUGCAAAUGCAUUUUAUUUUCAAUG